CUGAUUUCCAGUUCGCGUUUGUUGCCCGUGAAGGAUGCCUUCUGCCAACCCUAAACUAGAAAAACAGGCCUCUACGGAGACCGUAGAACCUAUACGCCAGGCGAUCAUCGUUAUCGAACAUAAGAUACGGAAUCUUGACAAGCGUAAGGCGAAGUUAGAAUCAUACAAGGAUCUACAGAAAAAUGGAAAGGAAUUGAAUACUGAUCAAAAAACAGCUGUAGCCAAAUAUGAUGAAGUAUUACAAACAUUGGAGUUUACAAGAGAAUUAUAUAAACAAAUUGUUGGUAUUUCUCAAGAAUCGGUCAAACAACAGAAAAAAAUGGCAAGGAAGGAAGCAAAUGAGAGAAUGCAACAGGACAUUGCAAAAGUGAGAGAAGUUCUUCUUAUUCAAGAUGUUUUGAUGAACAUGGGAACAGAAUCUGUUAGAGAGGAUUUCCUUACUGGGAAAAAUGGUACUGUGAAAUUAACAGAGGAGGAAGUAAAAUAUUUGGAUAGCCUAUAUCAUGAACUAUCAAUGAAACAUCAUCGGGAAGAAGGUGAACCAACUUUUUUCCAACAAGUACAAAAAGUAGCAGAACAUUUUGUACUCAUUGUUGAAGGGAAACAAAGAGAAGUUGUUGGAACAACUUAUAGCAAGAUAAAAGAAAUGAUCAAUACUAUCAACCAAUCUGGCUAUUUUGACCAAGUUCAUGAAACUGAAGCUGCCACAGAAGAAGUUGUAGAAGCAGUCGCAGAGACACAAAUAACAGAAACUCCAGUACAAGAGCAACAAGUCAACGAAGAAUAUACUAGCAAUGAGAGACACAUUCCACCCGAGUCUAUGAUUCCUAUUCCCAAUUUUCCAGUGCAAGUUGCUUCUCUUCCUGUGGUUUCUGGUACAGCCCCAGUUUCUGGUCCUAUUCCUGUAGUGGCACAACCCAUUCCACCACAUCCAGCUGCACCAGUAGAAACGUCUUACUACACAAAUGCUACAGGGUUUGUUCCUCAACCACAACAACAACAGCAGCAGCCACAACAACAACAACAACAAUCUCAACAAACCCAACAACCACCACAAGCCCCUAGAAUUAACGAUGUUAUAGGUACACCAAAUUUCUUUUUUCUGCAAGAAUCUGAGCUUGAUUCACCAGAUGUAACGUCACAGGCACCUAUCGUCUCACACAUUCCUGCUGCUGUAAACGCACCAAUUCCUUCACAAACAUUUACAAAUCAAAACUUUGCUAAUUCGCCGGUAGUAGCGCAACAAGUGAUAUAUCAACAUCAACCACCACAAGAUAUAUCCCAUAUACCUGGUUUUGCCAAUCCUAAUCCACCUCCACCUAUUCCAAUGCCGCCAUCUCAUCAACAACCAAACAUGCAAUAUAGUCCACAACAUCCUGCAAAUUAUCAACAACAACCACAACAACAAACUCCCUCGCAACAAAUACCGCAACAGACACAGUCACAAAACUUCGAACAUCAACAAGAGAGUCAACAACAACAACAACCUACCGAGGAAAAAACGGAUGAAAACCAAGACGAAGCGAUAGCGCCAGAAUCGGAAUUAGAACAAUCAAAUGAACCUGUAGAUUGGUGUCAGAUGACUGAUCCUAAUGACUGGAAUCAGACCGAUCAAUCACAACAGCCUGCACAAGAUGCACAGCAACAACAACAGCAACAAACGUCUCAGCAAGCUUGGGGCGAUCAGCAACGCAGUGGAUAUAGAGGCAGGGGUGGAAAAAGGGGAAAUUCUAAUGGAUAUAGUGGAAGGGGCAGGGGCAGCGGUUAUCAACAAAAUGGACGAGUUGGACAAGGAACAUAUUAUCGUAACGAUAGCAAUUAUCAAAACGGUUAUCAACAACGUUCCUGGGGAAACAAUGAAGGUAGCGGUGGUUAUAAUUCUGGCUAUAAAAGGGGUGGUGGUGGUGGACCGAGAGGAGGUCCGCGAGGUGAGCGUGGCAUGGAUAGAGGUGGCCGAGGACAAUUUCGCGGUCAAAGGGGAGGAAACCGUGGCGCGUAUGCACCCCGUGGUAAACCCCACACGCAACAGUAAUUAAAUCGCGAUAGAACCAUGCACAGUGAAACAUUAUAAUAAUGCUGUAAGAUCAGAAUUCAGUUGUCUAUUUAUGAAAAAGUCCAAGUCGUAUGUCAAAUAAAAACAAAGUUUCAACUAAACUUUGUGCGUGCUGCUAAGUGUAAAUUUUAACAUUUAAAACUGGAACCUUGACGUUCACGAACGAGUAAUUAAUUAAUCUGACGAAUUAGUUUAUACGGAUUUACUCGGUUAAAGAAACGGACGACAAAAGGAUUGAAUGUGAGUUAAAAGAAAGAGAUGGAACACGCAUUUAGCAUAUUUUAAUACGACUUAGGAUAUUUCUAAAAUAGGACAAUGAAUAACCAAAAUUUUGCAUUUGAAUUUGGUAUCUGCGAUUAUCAGGGGGAAAUCCUAUUAAUAUUAACAAGAACAUUAUGCAGACGUAAUAUUGUGAUAUAAGAAGAAAUCAACCAAAUUCAGAAGUGUGAACCCACCAUGCAAGUAUUAUUGUGUUGUGACAGAAGGCAGUUUUCACAGGGCAACAACAGCUGAUCAACAAAGAUUAGAAAUAUAAUUUUAUUAUAAAAAAAAUACAAAAAAAAAUGAGAACUCGUACAAGCAUUUCACGUAAAGACACAUAAGAAUGUAUUUAAAGAAUAACGUUAAAAUGAUUACACGAAUAGAUGAUCUGCACGACCAUCUCUUUGUCUUGCGGCGCAUCGUUCUAGAGAAUUUUUUAAGGUACCAGAAAAAAGAGGAUACAGUGAGCAAUGCCUUCUAGCGCUAUAUAUCUUCUUAACUUCAUAUUCCUUUCGCGGUUUAUGAAUUUCUGAAGCAUUUAGAAAGUUAAAGUUGUCGAGAUUUAGUAGUUGAAGGAGAAAAAAAAUUUUGCGUAAUAUACGCAAAUCUCUAAAAGCGUUGUUCAUGAAACGUGUUUCAUGGUUUAUGACGAAUUACGUAGCUCCCUUGAUCUGUUCUUUUUCUGUGUGAUUCCGAAACUCUUCACGGUCGCCUCCGCAGCUGGUCAAGUAAAAGAGAUUGCAGUGCAAUGUCAAGUUUACGAAGCAACAUUACCUAAUUUUUUUAUCGCAAAAUAUAUGAUUAUUUUUAAAAGAAAAGAAGCGAUAGUGCGGAGCUUUAGCAACUAAGUCGAGUGUACAAUUACUGACUAGAGCCAGAGAAGGCGUGUUUGUAUAGUGCGCCAUUGACAAAAGCCACGCUCAUACCACGCCAGACACGUGAUAAGGAGUACCGUAUUGUAUUUCGUUUGUACAUUUGUGUUUAAUCACCUCCAUCUACAGUUAUGUUCGAAUAUCCUAUGAAUACCUAUGUAUCUUCCAAAUAAAGAUCUAAUUCAACCCUGCUAA